ACCACCGACGCCAGCCGCCAUUACCCUUUCGUUACGAGAAUAUGUCAUCGACCAAAACCAAGGAUAUGAUCAGGAAGGCAGGCCUUCUGGAGCGUUUCCACAUAACCAGGCAAGCUUUGGGCUUGGACACUUGUGUGGUUGUCUCCGCGCGCUACGUCUUCCCAACGGAUGCGCCAUCCCAGAGUCUGACACCGUCCGUCCUCUACCCCGCUCUCGCCAAACUCAUCAAAUCCACCGGUGCCCUAUGCGUCUGUGUCGCAUAUUCCCCCUCCGCGUGCAAAAAGCCCGCCUUUGUCCCUCUGCACAGCAUCAACCUCGACAAGGUCGUGCAGUUCACGCACGACCCAACCUCGCUGCAGGACGUCCUCGAGCAGCAGAUAGCCGUGCCGUUUGACAUCAACGCAACAGACAGGCCCCUCUGGCGACUGACAGUGCUGCCGGACAAUACAGUCGUCUUCGCCUACCAGCACGGCAUCGGCGACGGCCUCAGCGGUCGUGCCUUCCACCUUUGCCUGCUAGAGGCCCUCCGCGCCCCCUCCGCCGAGUCCCAGGGAAAGUCAGAGUUGGCAAGCCCAAUCGUAGAUAUACCGGCGACCGUCAGCCUGGUCCCCCCACUCGAAAAGCUCACUAAGCUCUCGGUCUCCUUCAAACAACUCCUGCACGAGGUUACCCCGCACUCCCCUCCCUCAACCGCAUGGCGAGGCAAUCCCGUCGUGCCACGGAGCCCAGAGCAAAAAAACCAUGUCCGGCUGCUCUCCUAUAGUCCCGCCGACUCGCAAAUCCUCGCCGCGCUCUCCCGCUCCCACAGUGCAACGAUUACAGGCGCGCUCCACGUCGUCGCUGCGCAGGCGCUCGCGCGCGUCCUCUCGCUCCCGGACCUUUCCGGAAAGUACGACUUUGUCCCCUUCCAAAUUCCCAUGUCCCUUCGUCCGCUCACGAACCAGCCGCCCACCGCGCUCUGUGACCACGUCUCCAACCACAUCUUCCUCUGCCCGCUGCCUCCCGCGCGCUCGAAGGACGACCCGUUCGUGUUCGACGAAGCAUCCUGGCGCGCCGCUGCGGAACUCUCCGCGACCCUCCGCGCGACGAGGGACAAGAGCCGCUCAUACGUCGCGAUGCUGCGCUUCGUCGCGCUCGUCGGAGGGUACAGGACAUACUUCAAAGGCAAGCUCAACAAGGAGCGCGAGGGCGGGCUCGCGCUUAUCAACUUGGGGGCGUUCCCAAAGAGCCAUAUACCUAGCCCCGGUGGAUCUGCGUUGACCAUAGCGGAUAUGGCGUUCACGCAGGAGGACGGUGUUGUUGGGGAGCCGAUGAAGAUCAACGUCAUUGGCGGAGGAGAUGGGAGCCUGACGAUCACUUGUAGCUGGAGUGAUUCCCAGUUCCACAAGUCCCUUGGGGAGAUGUUCGCUGUCAAGCUCGAUGAAGGCGUGAAAACGCUGGUUGCGUCAAAGCUCGAGCCAUAGUUAUAUCCAUCCCGAUUUAGCAGAGUACGGAGUACAUCUAUGGACAGCCGACGGUCCCGUCAUCAGGCUGGAGUUAUUUUAAGGUCUCUACAUAAUACAGUUCCAAGAGUGUAGCGUAGCUAAUAGCACAAGCACGUUGUCAAGAUAUACGAAAGGAGUUGUGGGCAGCGAUAUCACAACUGACGCACGCUCGUGUCGGCCGGGACGACACAUCGGAU